AUGCGCGAGUUCAUGAACUAUAUCACCAACGCCUUUUACGGCGCCACGAAUUGGAGCGAUGAUAAUACCUACAAAGAGCUGAAUGCCACUGCGCGGGAAUUAAUUGAUUUCCCCCUCCCUCGUGGCCUCCGCCUGACCCUCUCGUCCCUUGCAACCUCCAACUUCGCCACCAGCUACCAGCUCGGCACCGUCGGCAUCGUCGACGGCUCCAUCUCCUACCUGUACAGCACCGUGCCGCUGGCCGGCAUUGCUGCGCAGUCUGAUCGCAUCCCGCUGCAGGCUCUGUUAAGGUCGUAUCGCCAGAUCAGGGAUCUGGGUGCGGCAGAGUGGCCGUGGUUUCCUUUUCCGGGGGUCGAUAAGCCCUCUACUCCUAAGGGGGGAUCUAGUCCCAGGGCGGAGAAGGAGAAUAGUGAUGAAGGAGCUGCUGAGAAAGGGGGAUUAGGAGCUAGUUUGGGGUUAGGGUUAAGCCAAGAGGGGGAGAAGAAGUGGCUAUUGUAUGGCCGACUAUAUCUGCCGCAGUCGUUGCUCGAGGGGCUGGUCGUGAGGAGGGUGAAUUCAUGUUUGCAGGUGCAGCUUGCGGCUGUAAGUGAGCGGUCACUGAGGAACGGGGGCACGAUUCUGGGGCUGGUGCAAUACGAUCGGGGAAAGUAUGGCGUUGAGGGGCUGGCGUCGACGGAUGGUGGGUUGCUGGGGAUUAGGGGGUUGUAUAACUUUGGAGGGGAUACCGUGCCUUUUGCGGCGGCGGUGACGACUAACGUAAGUCAGUCCACCACGGCAACCCAAACCCAGGGCAGUGGCAGCAAUGCAGACUCCAACCCUACCUCCAACGGCACCACCAACGGCCACUCCUUCUCCCCCUCGGACCGCGAACGCGACCGCAUCUACGGCCGCUUCAGCAUCGGCGGUGAACUUUACUACGGCACACUCAACAAAUCCGGCGGCAUGUCCGUUGGCGCACGUUUUCAGACCCUCCCCGCGCAUCGUGGCACCCCUCUAACCGCUACCCUCACGCUGAACCCGCUAAUGGGCAACAUCAGCGCGACAUACGCCGUGCGUGCGCGUGACUACUGCUCUUUGGCGACGAGGAUGGAGUUCAAUGUUUACAGUUAUGAGAGUGAUUGGGCAGUGGGCAUGGAGUUGUGGAGCAAUAGACGGCCGGGAGGUUUUCUGUUGGGGAGGGAUCCUAGGAGGCCAGUUGAGGGAGAUGUCGAUGGAGGGGAGUCUGCCAGAGCGGAAGGUCUGCCUGGGUCAGAGCAGAGUAAGGCUGCUCAGGAGCAAACGCGGACUCAAAUGCACCCGAAGCCGUGGUGGAUGGAAAGGAGUUUCCAGGCGAAGUUGGAGUGGCGGUUGGAUGAGGAGUGUAAAGGCCCAUCAUCGCCAGCACCGCCUGCUCCUGCGAAUGGCCCGUGGCAGAAUGCUCCCUCGACUCUUGUGCCCGUGAGCAAAGGGCAACAUCCCACAACCACAACUACGCCCUUGUCAAUGGAAACGGGGAAUAAUGAUCCCGACGACGACAAAGAGCAGUAUAGAGGGGUGCUGAAGGCACGUCUAGACCAGAACCUCAAGAUGGGGUUGCUGUGGGAGGGUCGAGUGAAGUCGCUAAUUUUCAGCCUGGGAACUGGAGUAGAUCUACGCAAGUUGGGCGAGCCCUUUCGGAGUUUGGGCUUGGAGGUGCAGUAUUCUUCUUGA